GAUAUGAGGUUUGGGGAGUGAACAGGGGGUGGAGGGGUCACCCUGGAACCCAGGAAGCCCAGAGGCAGCUCUAGAACUAGAACCCCCCCCCCAGGCAUCAUUAUUCCACCCUUUCUUUGUGAGUCUGAAGCUGAAAGCUAACUGGCUUCCGAGGAUCGGGGCUUCCUCCCUUUACCAUGUAUUCUCCAAUCCCAAGGCACAGGCCCCUUCAGCAUGGACAAGGCACCUAGAUGGACACAGAGCAGGAAACACAGGACAAUGACACCUGUCCAGGUGGGCAAAUGCUGUCGUGUGAAGAAUACCCCCUGAAGCUGGGAGUCCUGGAACACACAGUGGUGUGGGGUUCUGGAACUCUGUCACCCUCGCGGGGUUUGCACCCUCAGCCCAGGACUCCAGGGAUCCGAAUGCCUAGAGGGACUCAAGGGGAGCUGAGCUGGACGGAUUUUAGCCCAACAGAAAUAGGAGUUCCCAUUGCUGUGCAGAGGCCGCCAUCUACUGGUCAGAUGAGCUCUCUGAUCCCAAAUGAUGUACCUGCUGCUCAGGGUCCCUCAGAAUCCUGCCCCCAAGUUCUUGCUUCUGCUGGUCCCCCAUCAGGUUUUUCAGGGGUGUAUCGCGCAGCUGGAGGAAAACCUGUCUUGAUGCUUUGGGCCUGGCUUGGAUAUGUAAAGGAGAAGAAAGAGUCUCCCGAGGGCUUUAAAACAAUUGGCUCGGUGCAUCCUCUCUUCCUGAGCCAGCCACCCAGAUUUGGACCAGCCAGGAUCUUCAGGAGUCCCCUUCAGGAAAUCCAGACCAGCAACAGUGGUGUGGCCCUGUGGAAGCCCAGCCCAGGCAGGCCUCCCACAGCCCACAGGGCCACAUAGCCAGGCUGAGCUGAGUGGAGCUACCCCAAUUGGUGCCCUGGCCUCUGUGUGUAGGAAGUCACAGGGAAAUGUCCCCUGAGAUAGCACUGAGAACGAUGCAAUUCUGUUUAUCUCUUUUAAAACUUUCAAUUAUUUUUUUAAGAUUUUUUUUUUCAACCCCAAGCGUUUCCUCUUAGUUAAUUCAGGGUUCCCUCCAAAUCUUUCAGAAGCAGGUUGUGCCCUUUUCACAGGUGGAUACACAGAGGCCUGGGGCAGAGAGGUGGAUAACUGCCAGGCUGCUCAUCUCAGCCAGCAGCUGGGCCUCAGUCCUCAGCCCUCCCAGCCAAGGAGUCCACACGGUGCACCUGGAAUCAGAGAUCUUUCUAGCAGAAAGCUUUCUUUGAUACCAGUUGCACUGACUCACCAGGGAGCAGAGUGUGUUUAAAAGCCUGAAUUUUAUUCCCCAGCUCCACCCUCAAAGACUCUUACCACUUGCCAAUUAAAAACAAAAACAGAUAAAACCAGCUGUGUCCACCCCA